GAGCCAGACACAAGCAUGAAACUCACCAGAUCUGGGAAAAUUGCUCUGAUUAUCUUGGUGGUCAUAAUUGUGGCAGCAAUCAUUGGAGUCAUUGUUUACUUUGUGGUCUUUGGUAAAACACCUUUCUAUUACUACAUCAGCUUUAAACUUACUAACAUUGACUAUAACAGUAAAUUUGGCAAGCCAUAUUCUCAAGAAUACAUAAAGCUAAAUGAAAAGAUAGUGUCUUUGAUGAAUAAAACAUUUCAAGCAUCCAAACUGAGAAGGCAGUACAUCAUGUCCCACACUGCCAAAGUCAGAGAAUCCAAUGGUAAAACAGUGGUGGAUGUGGUGCUGAAGUUUAAAUCCUGUUACAAUAAUAACGCAGCAAAAUUUCGAGACAGGGCAAGAGAUAUUUUACUUCAGAAACUGACAGGUGAUACUGGGUCAUUGUGCAUAGACACUUCCUCAUUUAAACUUUCAGGUUGUGGAAGACGAAAAAUGAAGUCUCCUGGCAACAAAGUAACUGGAGGCUUGGAUAGUGUGGAAGGGGAAUGGCCCUGGCAAGCCAGUCUGCAACAGAAUAAUAUUCACAGAUGUGGGGCCACUCUAAUUAGUAACAACUGGCUUCUCACUGCUGCACACUGCUUUGUAAAGGCCAACGAUCCUCAAGAAUGGAGUGUGACCUUUGGAUUCCUUUUAAGUGAGCCAAAACAGAAGCGAAGUGUGAAAAACAUUAUCGUUCAUGAAAAGUAUCACUAUCCAGAUCACGACUAUGACAUUGCCAUUAUAAAUCUAUCCCAACCAGUACUGUAUGCAACCAAUAUUCGAAAAAUUUGUCUUCCAGAAGAAAAUUACAAUUUUCCUCCAGAUUCUGAUGUGGUAGUCACAGGAUGGGGAUCAUUAAAAACUGAUGGAUCAAGUCCUAAUAUUCUCCAAAAAGGAAUAAUGAAAAUUAUAGAUAAUGCCACAUGCAAUGAAAAGGAGGUAUAUGAUGGAGCCAUAACAAAUGGGAUGCUGUGUGCUGGAUUCUUAAAAGGAAGAAUAGAUGCCUGUCAGGGUGACUCUGGUGGACCAUUGGUUAGUUCAGAUUCUAGAGGCAUCUGGUUUCUUGUGGGAAUCGUGAGCUGGGGAGAUGAAUGUGGACUUCCAAAUAAGCCUGGAGUCUAUACUCGAGUCACUUACUAUCGAAACUGGAUUACAUCAAAAACUGGAAUCUAGGUCAACAAUUACCGAUAGAUUAACACAGGUUAUAUAAAAUCUUUUAAACUGCUAAAUCACAUUUAAUUAAAGAUAAAAUUCCUUAUGCAUGGUAAAAACACAGAUUUAAGCAUAUAUAAUUCAAGACUUGAACUUGUUUAUCCAUGCCAACAAUAUGUCUUUGGGUUUCUUAAGAGACAAAAAUGUCAUUUUAAAAUAUAAUCUUUUUCAUAAAUCAUACCUUAGAAUAUGUUUACAGCAUGAACUUAAUGAAUAUUUAAAUGUUAAAAUUAUAUUUUAAAUAUUAUACUUUCAAAAUUUCUACUUAUUUACUUCUUUGGCUAACAGGGAUAGACAAAUAAAAAAAUUCAAUAUAACAAUCUAUUAAUAGACUACUUUGAGAUGUAAUGACAGAUAUAAUCAAAUAAUAUAUAAAAGCACAACCAUAGAACUAAGAGAGCAAUAUUGCAUUAUUAUAUGUUUAUGAAACAAUAUUAUUCACAAAGAAAUUCAAGUUGUUCAUGUUAUAAUACAUGGAAAUAAGCAGCAUGUAUUAACUAAGACACUUUGGAGACAUAUUUCUGACAUUCCUAAUAUAUUACUUUAAUAUGUCCCUCUACUUCUCUAUACAUUGAUUUUCUCAUCUUUUGAAUGAAUAGACUACUUUUUCUGCAUAUAAAAGAACUAAAUCUAAAAAUAAUUUUGAAACUCACAGGACUUAUAACUUGAAAGGACUUUACCAGUGCUUUAAUACCAAUUGCCCCUCAUUUUUAUAGAGCAGCAAAAUAAAGCCUAGAAAGAUAAAGUGAUUUUCCAAGUAGUAAAAAGCAAAUCUGAGUUUCAAAUCUGGGUUCUUUGGCUACUUCAUAUUACUUCUAACGCUUUGCUAAAAUAUUGAGUAGUUCAGUUGGAAUAUAUUCCAUAUCCUGACAAAUGAUUUAAAUAGACUACCUUGAAUGAUAAUUUGCAAAAUUGAAUUCAUUUUAUGAAACAUUGGCCUUUCUCAUCAUAAAGUAAACUCAACUUCACUUAAAACAAUGUAAUCAUAAACUAUUAUGUUUGGGUUUUCAUCCAACCAGGGGAAAAAAAUCCUAUUGGAUAGUUUAGGAGGAUGCAUAUUUCAAAAAAUCAUAGUUGAAGUGGUUGUUUUAGGUUUCAAAAAUGAACUACAUAUAUUGUACAAUAACAAUGCAGGCAAAAUACUGUCAUGAUGAUUGCAAAUAUAGCAAAACCUUAUAUUGGAAGACUUCAAAAAUGUUUUAAACUGAAUCUUCUGUUUAGCUGACAGCUUUUUAAAAUUCUUGUUGAAAUUCUUCUAAAAUGAUCAACUUUAUUCAAUACAACAUAGUGAAUGUAACUCGUUAUUUCUUUGAUGACUCAGAAUCCUUUGCAGUGCCUAAACUUGAAAUUUCAUUGUACAUUCCUCUAAUAAAGAUGCAAAGGAUGUAAGAGAUUGGGCUGAAUCUUUUCUGGACUUGGAAUAUAUUUUGAACAAAAUCAUUUGAUUUUUA